GAUCCUUUGGAAUCCAAAUGGGACGCGCCACCCAUUCUAACUGAACCGGGUCAACUUUGGACGUAAAAGAACGAGAUACGGAAUCAAGUUAAUGUAGAGAUUAAAAUAAGGAACCGAAAUAGUAAGUAGGCCUAAUCAUGAGCGUUUGUAAAUUGAGUGUCAUUUCACAGAAAGCAACCUGUGUAGGCUAUUGUGGGCUGGGAUCAUGUGAUAGACGGUGGAAUUUGACACCACCCCAGGCUUUAAAAAACGUGAGCCAACUCACAUCUGUAUUUGGAGCUACAAUUUAACACUAACAUCUGCAGUUUUCAGUGAAGAAAGAGGGAGACUAUUUCUAUUCAAUGAGAACGAUACCUGUGACGCGGACCAUAACGCAUCUCGGGCGCAUCCAUUGUGGAACAUACAGAGAAUCCCAUGAUCAAGUGAAGUUCUGUAUGGAACUCUUAUCUGUCUAUCUGGAAGUUUUUCAGAAAACUUUGGCUGCAUAUUUUUAAUUAAAAUUAAGAUUGCGCAAGUAUGCCAGUGUAUGUAAGAGAGGAAUCCAGAGAAAUAUUUCAAAGGAAUGAAGUGCCAUUGCAUUUAGAUUUUUUUGGUCUUAUAAGGUUGAUAUUUUUCUGCUCACACACACGUCCAUGAUUGGGAAGGUUGUCGGAGUCGGUGAAGAUGGAAAAAUGUGGAAGAGGCAGGAAGUGUCAACUGCCAAAUAUCCCCUGAGGAACUGGAAGAUGAUGCUGUGGGUGGUGGCCUCUCUGCUGACCCUGAUAGAGGGGGUGUUCUCUGAGGAGGACCCAAAGGAGGCCCACACUGAGCAGCUUCGAGCCCAGGAGAGGACCACCACCACUGGGACCUGGCUCCCAGACCACCACCCAGAGGUCCACGAGCUGGAAGAGAAGAGGGGCGGCCAUGGCCAGGCCUCCUGGCCUAGUCUUUUCGAGAACCCAGGUCUGCAGGACGACAGAGAGGGCUAUCCGAGCAGGUGGCAACGCUCACCUCCAGACCCUGACCCAGACCCCGAACCCUCCCGUAGAGGCUCUCGCAAGAAAAGCAAAAAGCCCAAGAACAGCAGCCGGGACUGCCGCAUGGAGAAGAAGGAGAUGCGUGUCAGAGACCUGGGCCUGGGCUUCGACUCGGAUGAGAUCAUCCUGUUUAAGUACUGUGUGGGGACGUGCUCGAGCUCCCGUAAGAACUACGACCUGGCCCUUAAGGCCCUGAUGGAGAACGAGAGUAUCCCCAGCAGGAAGGUGAGCGCCCACCCCUGCUGCCGGCCCACCCGCUACGAGACUGUCUCCUUCAUGGAUGCCCAGACUAUAUGGCAGACCAUCAAGUGGCUGUCAGCGGCUAACUGUAGCUGUGUGGGGUGACGGGCGGGGAGUAAGAGGAUGUCUACCUGCAGAACACACAUGCAUAAAGAAACUCCAGGGUGAAGAGAGGAAGUGGCUAAGAUGCCUUCACUGUGGGCGUGUUGGGCAUAAAUGGUGGAUCAGAGCCUGGACCGAAGCCUUGGCCCAACGGCUGGGUUUCAGCCUGAUGUGGAUCCACUUUGGAUUAACCAGUCUUCUCGGGUAGGGAAAGCACGGAUGCAAGAUAGAGAUACAGCCUAUCAAACCCCUAUGUUUAACAGAGGAGUUACAUCCUCAGUCAGAGCCCAGGAGUCACGGCUCUGGAGACUGGUGAGGAAUGGAGUUCCUGGGCAGGGUCUGGGGUGGUUAGGACUGGAUGUCUCCCUCCCUGUGCUGACAGCAAGAUGUCCCAUAAGAGGGUGCUCUUCACUUGGUGUCUGCCCUCAUGUGCCUUUAGUUAUGUCAAAAAAGAGGAGAUGGUGAAGCAAAAGCCUUGGACCAUUGGACCUUAACUCUGAACCAGAAGAGGAGCAUUUUGGGUUACAUGGCACCUGACCGUAAAGAGGGCAACCAGUUUGAAGAACAAAUACUUGUGAAGAAAUAUUAAGAAGUUAAGUUUUUUGGUUUCGAAGGCUCUCCAAUAAGACCAAAAUAACUAUGAGAUGUAAUGCAUUUUUAUGUUUCCUUCAUCCAUGGCAGCUCAUCCACAUAGGAAUUGGUCAUAGCAAGGUAGCUUUGAGCCAACCGUAGUACAUCUCCCAUCUCCAAGUGUUUCAUCAUGGCAUUCAGUUGAUUCCUAUGACAAAGCACACAUCUACUCUUACUUUAGUAACUCAUGCAUGCUUUGAGAACAAUACCAAAACGGUAUCAACUGUACCUACUUAGAUUAACUGUAAAGUCUAGCAGAAUCUGAAGCACUUGUUUGUAGCUUGGCCCAACUUGUUUACUGUACACUAUAAACAGUGUGUUGUAGGAUGCCAUCACAGGGCCAAGGUCAGUCAUGGCCCAGCCAUACCUCAUGCUGCCUGACACACAGCUUUCAUCACAUGGUUUAUUUUCAGCUCUGAACGUGGCACUUCACCGCUGUCAAUUUAACUUUUUGGAUUACAAAGAUAAUUGAGCAUAUUGACAGCUGUUAUUCAGAAUGUGCUUAUCAUAUUUUGUACCGUGAUAGUAUACUGUAAAUAUCUCAUAUUGCAUAAUUUAUCUAUGUUAUGUUUCUUAUGGACAAACAGAACUCUUCAUUGACACCACUCUGUUGCAUCUGUGUUGAAGGAACGUUUGAGUGGACCCCAUAUGUACAUAAUGUCUUCUGAUUGGCUGCCUCUCCACACCUGACCAAUGAAAUGGAGACAUACAGCAGAGAGAAUAAGACAUAAUGUACUGUAGAUACAGUAUAUCAAAACAAGGGGAAAGUUUACGAACUAAUGUAUCCCACAUAUUGCAUUAUAGUAUAUUUAUGUAUUUAUAAAGUAUUGUAUAAACUGUAGCUCCCUCUCUCUCAGUGUUCUUUAGAUUGUUGAUGGUUAAGCGACAGUGUAGGUGUUGAGAAACAUAUUCAUAUCAAGUGGUGUUAAGAAAAUAAAAGUGAAGCAUUAUUUUUGUUCAACUGUUGAAGUUUGUACAGUAGGAUUUCAUAAAGAAAUGUUCAUCUGUUUGUAGUAGGCUAUGUACAUCGUGUACAUUGUGCCUAGUUCUCAGGAUCAUGCUGUUAUGUUUUACAUUAGCUGAAAGACAUAUCUCCUCAAUCUCUUUAUAGUUAGAUAUCAUCUGGAGAACUAUUGUUUAUUAUAGAAAUGUUAUGAUCAAUCUUUCAAGAAGUGUUUGUAUUCACAAUAAUCAACAAUCAAGAGUCUAUUGAAAGAUGUAUCCAUACAUUGUUAUUAUAUCCAUGAUGUCAUUCAUUGUCUCAAUCUGUGUUGCCUACCCAGAUCCCACCACCAAUGGUAGGCCUACUAAAGUUUAACCAAACCAUGUACUGAGAGAGGUUUCUAUUCCAUUUUAACCAUGUGCUUCAACCGUAACACGUGCAGAGAUUUUGUGUUUGCUAGUUGUUCACAGAAAUAUGUUUAGGGACUGGCAAAGUGUGAACACAGAUGAUAACUGGUCUUUAUUCUGCCUUCAGUACAUGUACGGUUUGUGGUUAUAUUAAGCUGCAGCAUCUGGUGUGCGUUUAAUCUGCAAACAUGGGGCCUUCACCCAUCGUUUAAGUCCAAACUUAACUUCCCUGUUAGAUGCCAUGCAUCUCAUCAUCGCCGAAUUGUACAUUAGGGAAAGUAUUUAUUACAUUUAAAUUAUUUAUUUAUUGUCAUUUUAUGUUAUACACUUGUUCUUACAAAUAUCAGAUGUUUAUAAUUUAUGAAGUGGCCAUGUAUGCUUUAUUUUCUUUUACUAUUGUUUUCUCUGUGGAAAGAGAAUGUUUCCAAGCAACAAGU